AUGGGUGUUCAACUAUUAGAAGGGGAUCUUUUGGAUAUAUUCCGUAUUCCAGAGAGAUACAACAAUCCAGUGGGCGGUAUAUACCAGGUAGUGCAAACCAAGAAGGGUGAGACUAAUGCGAAGAAAAAUUUGAUAUUAAUUAACGAUGGAAAAUACCAUGUUAAGGCGCUAUUAAGGAACAAGGCAGCGGAAACGGCGCAACAAGCGGAACUUGAAAGAGGGGAUGUGUUCAAAGUUUUGAGUGCAGAAUGUGCAGUUAUCAAGGAAAAGAAGAAGUUUGUGUUGCUAGUUGAUGAGAUCGAGAUUUUGAGUCGUGGGUUAGAUCUUUUCAACUCGUCUACUGAAUUUGUGGAUGCGUAUUUGGCUGAACAUAUGAACGAAUUGGUUACAUUGACUGAGAAUGGUGCUACGCCUUCUGAAGCGGCAUCUGCUACAUCUUCUAUGAGUUCGAAGGUUGCACCUACGAGUACUUCGAAUAUUCCAGCGCCUCAGGCUCGGGCUGUGCCGCAGAUGAAGCCUCGUGGUGGCAACGGAAACUCGUCAGCUUCUCAAAGCUCGAGACCGAUUUUUGCCAUCGAACAAAUCUCUCCAUACCAGAACAACUGGACAAUUAAGGCGAGAGUUUCUUUCAAGGGUGAUCUAAAGAAGUGGCAAAACAACAGGGGUGAAGGUUACAUUCUAAAUGUGAACUUACUAGACUCUUCCGGUGAGAUCAGAGCUACGGCAUUUAACGAUAAUGCGGUGAAAUUCAACGAGAUUUUGCAAGAGGGUAAGGCGUACUUUGUUUCAAAGGCCAGAGUCCAGCCUGCCAAGCCGCAGUUCUCAAACUUGAAGCAUCCUUACGAGUUGAGUUUGGAAAGAGACUGUGUUGUGGAGGAAUGUAUGAAUGAGGACGCAAAUGACGUUCCAGAGAUGCACUUCAACUUUAUUAAAUUGAACGACGUCAAUAAUGUGGAGAAAAACACUGCAAUUGAUGUUGUUGGUAUUCUGAAAUCUGUGGGCCCACACUUCGAACUUGCAGCCAAGUCCGGUAAGAAAUUUGACCGUAGGGACGUUGAAUUGGUCGAUGACUCAGGUGCCUGUAUCUCUUUGGGAUUAUGGGGAGAACAAGCAAUUAAGUUCAACCUACCUGAGGGUUCGGUCGUCGCGUUGAAGGGUGUUCGUGUAACCGAUUUUAACGGUAAAUCUUUGUCAAUGGGGAACACCAGCAGUUUGUUCGCCAACCCUGAUAUCCAAGAAGCUUACACUUUGAAGGGUUGGUACGACGCAAACGCUUCCAAUACCACAUUUAAGGCUUUGAAAACCGAAGGUGGUAGCGGAGAUUCCUCGAAGUUCAUUGCCGAACGUACUACUAUCGCAAAGGCAAUUGAGUCUAAUCUAGGUAGAAGUGAGAAAGGUGAUUAUUUCAGCGUAAAAGCUGCGAUAAGUUUCUUGAAAGUCGAUAACUUUGCCUACCCUGCUUGUUUGAACGAGGGGUGUCAGAAGAAGGUUAUACUACAGAGUGACAACACUUGGAGAUGUGAAAAGUGUGAUAUGAACCAUCCACACCCUAAAUACAGAUACAUGCUAACCAUUUCAAUUAUGGACCAGACGGGCCAAAUUUGGUUGACUUUGUUCAAUGAUCAAGCGGAACAACUUCUUGGUGUAUCAGCAAACGAACUCACAGAAUUGAAAGAAAGUAAUAACCAGGCAUUCGUUGCUCUAACGCAAAAAGUUCAAAUGAACGAAUACGACUUCAGGAUCAGAGCACGUGAAGACAACUACAAUAACGAAACUAGAAUAAGAUACACCGUUUCUAAUCUACAUGAACUCAAAUGGAAGGCAGAGGCAGACUUCCUAGCAAAUGAGCUAUUGAAAGCUCUUUAG